AAGGAGAUGGAAUCACUCUUCCGACCCUUUAAAUGUGGCUUUGGGGAAGUGCCACAGUUGUUGUUGCUGCUGGAGAGUCGCGGCCACGCUUUCCAGACCGCCAGGAGUUUGGCCACGCUGAGGAAGUCACUCUGGGGAGAGCACAAAGAGGCCCCAACCGAAGCGCGCCGUCCACGGGCAAAGCGUCACCCCGAAGCGGCAAAUCCUAAAGAAAGUAGUGACCCCUCGAAACCCAAGGGGACCCUUCUUAAGAAAUUCUGGCGGCAAUUCCGUGCCCAAGCUGCGCCGCCCGGCGUCACGGAGCUGCAGAGACUGCGUGACGACGAUUUCCCUCGGAAGAAGAGAGUCCUUCCUGUCGAAAGGACCGACGGCUCGGAGAUCUUGUUCGGGAUCGCUCCCUGCUCUAUGGCCUUGGCCACCGCAAAGAGGAGCUUUUCCCGACUCUUCCUCAAGGCCGCUCCGGGUGGUGCGGCGCCCUCGAUAGAGGCCUUCUCUCGGCAAGCGGAGGACCGUGGGAUCCCCGUGGAAAUGGUGCGGAGGAAGGUGCUGGAUCAGCUCUGCCACGGUGGCGUCCAUCAAGGAGUCUGUUUGGAGGCCACGCCCCUUCACCCCAUUGACUGGACCUGCCGGAUGGAGGGAGCCACCACCGAAAAAGCCACGCAGCUCCUCUGGGUGGCCUUGGAGGGAAUCCUAGACCCCAUGAACCUCGGAGCGGUCCUGCGCUCGGCCCACUUCCUUGGUGUCGAUGGAAUUGUGAUGAGUCGAAAGAACAGCUGCCCCUUGACUCCUGUGGUCAGCAAAGCCAGCUCUGGGGCCAUGGAAGUCUUGGAUGUCUUCGGUGCUGAUGAUCUUCCAAGCUUUCUCAAGGCAAAAUCCGAGGAAGGCUGGGAAGUGCUGGGAACGGUUGCCCACGCCAAGGCCCAGGAGGGCAUCCCUGUCGUGAGUUGCUUGGACUUCCGCUGGAUGAGGCCUACCAUCUUGGUGCUAGGAAAUGAGGGCCACGGGCUUUCUCCGGAGACCAAAAGCUUGUGUCGAAGGAUGUUAACUAUCGCUCCGGGGAGAGAGCUGGAACCAGGCAUCGAAUCUUUAAAUGUGUCCGUCGCAGCGGGGAUUCUUUUGCACUCGAUAUGCGCCCAAAAAACGAAAGAGGGGAAGGAGAAAUAACUGUCAUCAUGUUAGAAACUCGGAGGAGUCCCUAUCAAAAUGUAUUCAAGAUAAUGGCAGAAUCCUCUAUUUAUGUAUACGUAUCUAUAUAGUAGAGAGUGAUGCUAAGAAACUUGAUAGUAAAUUCCAAAGAUGUUUAAUGGGACUUCUGCAAAUCUGUCUCAGUGGAGAGGUUCAUUGGAGCAACAGACAGCCACUAGAUUCUUGUCAAUACCUUUUAGUGUAAGGCUGCUGUACUACAACCAUGACCCCUGUGUGGGGCGGCCCUUGGAAGCUAUAGCUGUCAUAAUGUUGUUAGUGGUCUCCUGGUCCAGGAUGAAGAGUCUGUUUUUGAUCCUGAAAGGCCUAGAACAAUUUGGGUCAACAUUUUCACCCAAAGGGACGUUGUAUUCCCUACUCUGUCUCGGUCGUUUUACAACUUAUAGUAACCAAGAAACGGGUCUGCUUUGGUGUGGUCCCCACUUUGAAGACCAUUGAUGUCAAGAGUGAGGAAGGUCUCCGGUAUAAGAACUGAACUCCUUGAUGUGAAAUUUAUCCUUGGGUUGCUGUGAGUUUUCUGGGCUGUAUGGUCAUGUUUCAGGAGCAUCCUCUCCUGAGGUUUCUCCCACAUUGUUUGAGUCUAAAGUGCUCUCUGGAUGUUGGUGAACUACAACUUCCAAACUCAAGGUAAAUGCCCACGAAACCCUUCUAGUGUUUUCUGUUGAUCAUGGGAGUUCUGUGUCCCAAGAUUGGUUCAAUUCCAUCAUUGGUGGAGUUCAGAAUGCUCUUUGAUUGUAGGCGUACUAUAAAUCCCAGCUACUACGACUCCCAAAUUAGAAAAUCAUUUUUUUGAGUGAAGGUCAUACAUUGGGUUGUUAGGUGUAUUGUGUCUAAAUUUGGUGUCAAUUUGUCCAGUGGUUUUUGAGUUAUGUUAAUCCCACAAACGAACAUUACAUUUUCAUUUAUAUAGAUAAAUAUACACACAUUUACAUAUACACACACACACA